GUUGUAUUGGUUGCUGGUUGCAGGCGCUUAACCGUUUUGGCCUUCGCGUUGUCUUGGACGUUGUUUACAAUCACUUGCAUGGUAGUGGGCCCGUUGAUGAUAAUUCUGUUCUUGAUAAGAUUGUUCCAGGAUACUACUUGAGAAGAAAUGCAGAUGGCUUUAUUGAGCAUAGUACAUGUGUGAACAACACUGCUAGUGAGCAUUUUAUGGUUGAGCGCUUAAUUGUUGAUGAUCUAUUGCACUGGGCAGUUGAUUAUAAGGUUGAUGGGUUCCGGUUUGAUCUUAUGGGUCAUAUAAUGAGAAGAACAAUGGUGAAAGCAAAAGAUGCACUCUGCAGCCUAACAAAGGAAAGGGAUGGAGUUGAUGGUUCAAGUAUCUACAU